CCCCAAUGUCCCCUCAGGGCUGGCUGUCCCUGGCUCAGGCCCGGUACUCCCUGGGCUGUCACCGCGUCUCGUCCCUGCAGUACGGGGCCACCAUGGUGCCCCGGGUCCGUGUGUGCCACAGGCAGGACCCCGAGGGACGCCCCCGCUUUGAGGAGGGCUGCGGCAGCGCCGGGGGGCCCCGGAAAAAGGGGGGGGUCCCAACCCGGCCCCCCCAGGACCCCCUGGGCUGGUUUGGGGUCCUGGUGCCCCCCAGUCUGCGGCAGGCCCAGGGCAGCUUCCAGAGGGGGGUGACACUGGCAGUGGAGGUGGCCGAGCUCCAGGCAGGGCUGGAGGCGGCGGCAGCGCGGUACCGGCGGCUCCUGCGGCACAAACGUCACCGGGCUGGGGACAGCGGGGACAGCGGGGACACCACAGGGGACACAGGGGACACAGGGGACAGCCAGACACCCACGGACACCCCUGGGGACACCGACGGGGACACGGUGACCUCGGUGAGUGCGUGACAGCGAGGACACCUGGAGUCGUCUGCAGGUGACACAGCUGCCACCAGGGACAGGGGGACAACAGCAGCCACCUGUGGGUGACACUGAGGACACUGCAGGUGACACUGAGGACACUGCAGGUGACACCGAGGACACUGCAGGUGACACCGAGCCCCGCACCUGACUGAGGGGAGGGGUCCCCUCGUGUCCCCACCCCCAAUAAAGCCACCGUGGUGUCCCCUCGUGUCCCCACCCCCAAUAAAGCCACCGUGGUGUCCCCAA